GGGACUACAGCUCCCGGCAAGCCUCGGGCACCGGGGCGGAAAUGCCCCGUUUCCCAUCAUGCCUCGCGGUACCGAGGCGGAAGUGGCUCUUCAUCCCGUCCCCAGGAACUACAUUUCCCGUCGUGCCCCGCGCACGACACUGGAAAUCCAGAGCCACCCGCGCCGAGGCAGCUCCUGCCCCGCUCCCUGAUCCCGGUCCUUGAUCCCAAAUCCCGAUCCAUGAUCCCGAUCCCAGAAGUGGAACCUUCGUUUCCCCCACGGGACCGAAGAGGAAGUGUCUCUCCUUCUCAUGCUUGAAACUACGUUUCCCAUCAUGCCCCGCGCCGGGACAGGAAAUCCGGCGAGGCCUCCGGAGCUGCCCGGGCCGAGGCCUCUCCGGCCCCGCCCCCGAUCGCACUCUUGAUCGCGAUCCCUUUUCCCGAUAUCGAUCCUUGAUCCCAAUCCCCGAAACAAAGCCCUCGUUUCCCCCGGGACCGAGGUGGGAGUGCCUCUCCCUGUCAUCCCGGGAACUCCAUUUCCCAUCACACCCCGCGGUUUCUCGUCCCGGAACUCCAUUUCCCGUCGUGCCCCGCGCCCGGCACAGGAAAUCCGGCGCCGCCUGAGGAGCCGCCCGGGCCCUCAUCCCAAACCCCGAUCCCCAAUCCCCAAAUCCCGGCCCCGCUCCCGGCCCGGCGGCCCCGCCGCCGCCAUGGGGUGCACGCUGAGCGCCGAGGACAAGGCGGCGGUGGAGCGGAGCAAAAUGAUCGACAGGAACCUCCGCGAGGACGGCGAGAAAGCGGCCAAGGAGGUGAAACUGCUGCUGCUCGGCGCUGGCGAGUCUGGGAAGAGCACCAUCGUGAAGCAGAUGAAGAUCAUCCACGAGGACGGAUAUUCCGAGGAGGAAUGCCGGCAGUACCGGGGGGUCGUCUACAGCAACACCAUCCAGUCCAUCGUGGCCAUCGUCCGGGCCAUGGGCCGGCUCCGCAUUCCCUUCGGGAAUCCCGCCAGGGCUGACGAUGCCCGGCAGCUGUUUGUGCUGGCGGGCAGUGCCGAGGAGGGGACGCUGACGGCCGAGCUCUCCGCGCUCAUCCAGCGCCUCUGGAGCGAUCCCGGCGUGCAGGCCUGCUUCAGCAGAUCCCGGGAAUACCAGCUCAACGACUCCGCCGCGUAUUACCUGAACGACCUGGAGCGCAUCUCCCAGCACAGCUACAUCCCCACCCAGCAGGACGUGCUCCGGACCAGGGUGAAAACCACGGGAAUCGUGGAGACUCACUUCACCUUCAAGGACCUGUACUUCAAGAUGUUCGACGUGGGCGGGCAGAGAUCGGAGCGGAAGAAGUGGAUCCACUGCUUCGAGGGCGUCACGGCCAUCAUCUUCUGCGUGGCCCUCAGCGACUACGACCUGGUGCUGGCUGAGGACGAGGAGAUGAACCGGAUGCACGAGAGCAUGAAGCUCUUCGACAGCAUCUGCAACAACAAGUGGUUCACGGACACCUCCAUCAUCCUCUUCCUCAACAAGAAGGAUCUGUUCGAGGAGAAGAUCCGCCGGAGCCCCCUCACCAUCUGCUACCCCGAGUAUCCAGGCUCCCAGACGUACGAGGAGGCGGCUGCCUACAUCCAGAGCCAGUUCGAGGAGCUGAACCGGCGGCGGGACACGAAGGAGAUCUACACCCACUUCACCUGCGCCACCGACACGCGCAACGUGCAGUUCGUGUUCGACGCCGUCACCGACGUCAUCAUCAAGAACAACCUCAAGGAGUGCGGCCUCUACUGAGGGACCCCCGGGAACGCCCCGGGAAUGUGCCGGGAACGCGCCCGGAACGGCCGCGGGAACGCCGGGAGGCCCCGGCACUACAACCUUCCUUCCUGGGGACCUCGUGUUGGAGGGGACGUGGAUUUGGGGAAUGGGGGGUUUGGGAGUGGGGGUGGAGAUCAGGGAAUGGGGGUGGAGCCUCCCGGCAUCGCUGGAUGGAGAGAUCUCCAUGGAUUCCAGCGGGAUUCCAGUGGGCUUCCAGCGGGAUUCCAAGCAGAUUGCAGCCCAAUUCCAACCUGAUUCCACUGAGAUUCCAGCCCUUGGAUUCCAGUGGGAUUCCAACCUGAUUCUACUGGGAUUCCAGCGGGAUUCCAGUGGGAUUCCAGCCAGACUCCAACCUGAUUCCAG